CCAGUUUGGGCGUGUCUGCUAACUAUCCCCUUUGCUAACAGGCUCUGCGUUUCUUCUCAGACUCCUGACAUUGUAAAAGAAUUGGGCAUCAAAAGCUGCCCUCAGAGGCCCAUUGAUAUUCUGAACUGGGAACUCAUUUUCCGUAUCUCAAGCCCUUUCUCCUUUUCUUUCUUUCUUUCGCCUCUCUCCCUCUCCCCCUCUCCUUCUCUUUCUCUCCUCCCUUCUUGGAUAGCCACAUCCCCCUAGAGCUGAGUCAGACCUUCCUCUCUUCCACAGCAUUGCAGCACUUCAGCAGAAAAGCCAGUCUCCUGCCUCUCUGCCUCUGCAUCUUCCCUUGCAGCAUCCUCUCCACUACCCAUCUCACCAUCAUGGCCAGCACCGUCUCAGCGUACAAAGAGAAAAUGAAGGAACUCUCUCUGCUUUCAUUGAUCUGUUCCUGUUUCCACACCCAGCCACACCCAAAUACCAUAUACCAAUAUGGAGAUAUGGAGGUCAAGCAGCUGGACAAGAGGGCUUCUGGCCAGAGCUUUGAAGUGAUUCUGAAGUCACCUUCUGAUUUGUCCCCUGAGAGCCCAGUCCUCUCCUCUCCCCCCAAGAAGAGGGACCUGUCCCUGGAAGAGCUGCAGAAGAGGCUGGAGGCUGCAGAAGAGAGGAGGAAGAGCCAGGAGGCUCAGGUCCUGAAGCAACUGGCGGAAAAGCGGGAGCAUGAGAGGGAGGUGCUGCACAAGGCCUUAGAAGAGAACAACAACUUCAGCCGGCUGGCUGAGGAGAAGCUCAACUACAAGAUGGAGCUGAGCAAGGAGAUCCGUGAAGCUCAUCUAGCUGCCUUGAGGGAGCGGCUCCGUGAGAAGGAAUUGCACGCAGCUGAGGUGCGCAGAAACAAGGAGCAGCGGGAAGAGAUUUCUGGAUAAAGGGCUUUUCUACACAACUAGCACCUGCUUCCUAAUAACUAACAAACAAAACUCAACACUUUUUUUUUUUUGUCUAGAUGAGGCAACAUCUGAUUUCUCCAUUUCCAUUUCCCUCCCCCCACCCACCCACCCUUCCCUCUGGUGUACCAAGCUUCAUAUCUCUAUCCUCUCUGUAUCCUUAACUCGUGGGGGUUCCUAGGGGCCUCUCAGCAGAAUAGCAACUAGUCCACAAACAUUAAAUAUAGAAUCCAUAAACCAGCUUCUCUUUGGGCUUUUCUUCAGGAAAAAAAAAAGAUAAACCUUAAACUAAUGCACAAAAAUUAAGAUGACACGCUGAACAUAUUUGGCAAUGUUGUGAAGGUGAGGACUGUUCUCUAUGAAGCAUGGGCUGCUCUUGGUAGUUGUCUCAAGUGAAGCAACAGUGUGCAGUUGGACAAAGAGAAGCCUGUCCUUGACAAGUAGGGUAAUGGGCAAUUUCACAUGUUACAGGGUUUUUUAAAGACGUAAAUAUAGCUUUUAAAAGUAAACUUGAAAUGUAAAGUGAGGGCAACACAGCUGAACCAGUAUUGGCUAUGGCUUCUUGCUGGGCAUUGCUUCAGUGGCAAUAUGUCUCUGCCACUCUGCAAUGUGUGAAAAGGACCUACUAAGCCCUUAGCUUUCUCUGUGGCUGAAGUAGGGACUGGAUGAUUGAGGGAUUUGGUUAGAAAGAGCCUCUUGCAGCUUAUUCCUUGCUUUCUGUUGUCUGAUUUGGAGCUGUUGGUAAAUUAACUUAGUCGUUCAGAGCCUGUUUAGCCUCAGACCUAAUCAUGCCUAUGAACUGAACUAUGCUUUUAUUUUCACAAGAUUUCUCUUCAGGGCAAAGAAACUGGCUAGGCAAGGCCACUGCAUGAUCAAAAGUUCUGUGGUAAACAAGAGGCAUCUUGAAAUCUGGAGUAUUUCAGAUACCAGUAUUUCACGUUGACUAUUCACAUCCUCAGAAAAGAUACAAUGUGCAGGACUCUAGCUAAAUAUGGUGGUAAGCCACACCUCCCCCUAAGGAUGGAAGCAUCUUGUCAGUAGCAUUACAGGAGGCAGAACUGGGGUACAGAUCACACACCUUUGGUUUUUUCAGGUACUAUAUUGCAAAGGACAUAAAACCCUCUGUCACCAUCUCUGAUUGUUGUAACUUCCUAUAAGUAAGGAGGGGAGACUGCCUAGGAAAAGUAACAGGGAGGCAUGGUAGAACAUGUGCAUCUGUGUUAAUUGUGACGUUUCAGAGAUACAAAUGUGAAAGCAACUGAAUAGUUUUAUUUCCCCACCAAAAGUAGAGUAUAUGAUUCUGCAUAGCUAGUAGAAAUGUUCAGAUACAAUCUUCAGCAGUCCAAAGGUCUGUUGGAGCCAAUAUACACAUUCCCCUAAAACAAUUGGGUCCAAAAAUUACCCAACUUUAAACAGCAAAAUAGAUGCUUGGCACCAUCAGUUGUCAAUAUUGUUCACUUAAUUAAUAACCCUCCUUCUUGCUCGUGGUAUUAAAACAAUCAAAAUGCAGAAAUUAAGGCAGUGUUAUGCUUUCAAAAUUGUAAUGAAAUUCAAAGAAAUUGCAACCAGAAAAACAAAAAACCACCCUAAUCUUCCUCAGUCCCUAAAUGCCUGAUGGGAGAAAAGGGCUUUAUCCUGCCUUUUUCAAAAGUUAAAACAGUAAACAAAUUUAAAAUAAAGGUUUUAUAGCGCAUGCAUGUUUAAAUAGCUGGAUCCAGUCCCCUUUCUCAAUAAAACAGAAGCAGCCACAACUGAGAAAAUAUAUAAGGAAAGGGCAAUCACUCAGUGUUUAGAGCAUCUGCUUUGCAUGCAGAAGGUCCCAGGUUCAAUCCCUGGCAUUCCUUUGCCUUGUCUGAACUCCUGGAGAGCAGCUGCCAGUCUGUUUCCGGAAUACUAAGCUCAAUGGGUCAAUGGUUCGACUUAGUAUAAGGAAGUUUCAUAAGUUCCUAGCUUUUGCUUUCAUAUUAAUUUCAGGGAAAGCCAGCCAUUCAAAUAUGCAUAUGCCAUUCCAAGUGCGUGUGUUUUGACAUUUAAAUCCAGAUAACUUUUCUUUUUUAUAGUGGAAUCUAAAAAAUAAAGCAUGCCUCGCCCAUUAGGCUGGACAUGGCAUUGGCUCGGGGGUGAGGUAUGUGUGGUCAACCUCCCACUCUGCAGUUCAGCGGGUGGCCUUUUCAAGUUAUUGUCUCUCAGCCUAAAGAAUGCCACUUGGUUGCUGUGAGGGUUAAGAAAAAGUCGACCACUAUAGAAAUGAUGUGCCUCAUGGCACAUUGUGCCAUACCCCAGGGAAGGGGGACGGUGCUCCCUAUUUCCCCUGGACCCACAGCUAAGGGGUCAAAGAAGGCACUGACUCCCCUCUAGUCUGCUGCAAGAAUGACUUUAUUUCAGGUCCUCUCCUUCAGCAGGCCAGCCUCUGCCAUGCCCCAGGUUGGUCUCAACAGCAAGUGCAGCCCUUCUGUAGGCCUCCUCUCCUUGGGUGCCUGGCUUCCACGCUGUUGGCCUUGGCAGACUUAAGCCCAGGACUUCAAUGUGUUUGUGUGGAGGAAGGGAGGCCAGGUAAACUAUCCCCUCUUUGGCUUCACUGAGUGGGGCUUAAGGAGUCUGAAGAUGGCCCCUGGCAAGGAAACAAGGGCAGCCUGUCUCCUGAACUUCCACUGCCCCACUUCCCCAUCUCUGAGGCUUUUUAAUAUCCUCCAGGUCCCCCCCCCCUUUCAUUCCAGCUGAGGCCCAGCAGCUGCACUGCUUUGCCUCCCUCUAGCAGAUGAAUAAGAGCCUUGCCUAGCUCCUUCCAGAACAGGUGGAAUCUCCUGUCCAACUGUUGCCUCCUCAGCAGCUAUUGCAGGGUUGGCGCUUGGUGGUGGGGACUGGGGCAUUCUUAAAGUACUGGCAAAGGUCUAAGAAGGCCCUGUUGCCCAUCACAGACAUGGUUGGAUGAAUGCUGGUUCUAAUGCAACAUCCAGUCUGACAGGAAGAGAUUUAUUGUAGGCAGAGCUUUAAGGUAGGGCCAACUGUAUACAUAUUUGCUCAAAAGCAAGGCCCACUGAGUUCAAUGAGGACUGUAUCUUAGUUUUGUGUUCAAAAGGUUGCAGUGCUCACAGCUAAACAUGUUGUGUUUUUAAAGCAUUUUUUUUUUGGUAAGCCGGGGGCCCAAGUCUGUUCCUUCAAAAGUACGUCCUGUGAGUUUUCACAGAUGAGAUCAAAAGGAACAGUGUAGGGAGCCAGUGCUCUGUAGGAAGGAAAGGAAUUGGCACAAUUUGGGGCAGAGUAUGAUGUCAAUCUGCUGUUACAUCUAGAGAGCUCUCCAUGAUACAUUUCUGGCAUAUUGUAUAGUGCAUACGUACAGGGAAAAGAUGGGACCAAAACUAGAGAGUAGUGCAAAGGAAUCAGGAUGUGCUAGACGGAUUUUAAUUUUAAAACAGACUUGGGAAGCCUGCAGAAGAAAACUGUUUACAAAUACAAGUGGUAUUUCAAAAUACUAGGAUUAUCAACAUUCCCUUUCUAACAACUCUUUCUAACCUAUUGAUAUGUCACUGAGACCAUUUGGUAGCUUGGGAGUUUUUCAUCUGUCACAUGAUGAAUCCUUCAUGUCCCAUAAGCCAAAAGGUGCUUUGUUAACAACUUAUAGACAGUCCUCUUCAGUGUACCAGAAGCAUGGAAAGUGGGAUAGGCCUUUAAUCUCUUUUAAGUAAUAUAACCUAGUUCAGAUUGAAGAUCUGCCUCCUGCCAUUUCCAGCAGAGUCACCCUAGUUAAUCUCAUGACACUGCCGUUAUUUAAGGAGUUACUGUAUGGGCUAAAGGAGAAUGAUCCUACCUGUAUGCAAGGCUGUUCCUUUGACUACUGUUAUGUACCUCUUAGAUAGCACUUUUAGUACAAAGGGCAUUGCAAUGCAAUUUUUUGCGCCCCGUAAAAAUUUCAUCCUUAUUCCAGUUUUUAAGAUGAAAGCUAAGGCUGAGAGACAAUGACUGUCCACAAUCAAACAUACAAUUCAGCCUACAUCAAACUAAGUUCUGAAGUCUUAAGAGUUCCCACUGAAGGAAGGGCCUGAAUUGUGGAGCACCAAAACUUACUCCAAUGCCAGCCCCAACAGUGACAAAUAAGUAUUUUGUCCUUGAGUUGGUAUUACUACAUACUACUAGAUACUAGCCUAGUAUCUCUCCCUCUGACUAUUCCUUUCUUUUUGUUUUCCUGAAUCUGCAAUGAUGCCAUUCUUUGUGGUUUCUGGUCAGAACUCAGUUGUGCCUUUUCAGACACCAGGUAAGCAGUUUGAUGACCCAUGUGCCACUUUUGGGGGCACCAAUGUUGUCAGUGACAUCAUGUUGUAGAUGCUUCCCCCUCCUUCUCCCAGUGUCUCUCUUGUCUAGGUUGUACUAUUACUUCCCCUUUGGUGGUAAGGGUUCUUAUGGGAACUGCUUCUCUUUGAAAUUCAGAAAUGGGGUAAGACAUUUUCUUUUCUAGUAGAAAAGGCCUUUACAGCCAUAUUGGAGCCAUAGUUCUCAAGCAUGACUACUGUGUGCCUCCUAGAUUCAUUAGAAGAAAAAUCUAGACUGGAUAGACCCCCAAGGUCCAUGGAACCAUUAGGGAAGCCAUCUGGGGCAGGUGAGCAUUCAGCCAACUGAUCCAGUCAAGGCACAGACAAAAAUUGGCUGGAAGUCAGGUGGAGCUGUGCCCAUUCCCCAGCACACAUCCUGCCUUCCACUUGGGAGAACCAGGACAUUAGCAGAAAAGCUUUGUUUCCAAAGAAAGGGGCCAUGUCACAAAGAAAUGUCUGUUCAGAGGCUCAGAAAGAAAAUAGAAGCAUCAUCCCAGGGGUGGCAAGACAGGUGCUUGGAGCCAGGAAAGAAUUGGGCUUGAAUGUCUGAGCUAUUGCAUCAGCCAUCCUAGAAAUGCACCUGUGUAUAAUGCAGAAUCAUCUCAUCCAUGCUAUUGUGAUGAUAGUUUAAAAUGUUAAAUAAAUUUUAAGGAAAAAUA